CCAAGUCGGAGAGGGAGGGAGACUUACAAGACACAUUGUACUGAGGCAUUAAAGCUCAAGUGAGAGGAGAGGAAGCCAAAUAAGAGAAAACACUCAUUGGGAAAGCCGAGGCUAAAGAGAGGACUUCAAGAAGACUCAAAGCAUGAAAAAGUAGCUUUCUCAGAUGUUUUUGUUAAUUUGAGGAUUUGCAGCUGGAGCUUAAAGGUACAUUGCUGUUGGAGCAUGUUUGAAGAAGGCUUGAUAAUAGCUGUGAGCAACAUAGGCAUACUCUCAUAAAGGAAAAGAAGAGGAGUGCUAAAGGAAUCCACCUGCUUUUGUAGCCAGCCACUUUGUUGCAAAAUGGAUGGGUUAACUACUGUCAUUAGUUGUGGCUUUAAAUGUCCUCUCCAAUGGCCAAGCGAGAUGCCGGGAGCACCAGCCCUGUGGUGCGUCAGAUAGACAAGCAGUUUCUAGUCUGCAGCAUCUGCCUGGAUCACUACCGCAACCCCAAGGUGCUACCCUGUCUACACACCUUCUGUGAAAGUUGUCUCCAGAACUACAUUCCUCCAGAGUCUCUGACACUUUCAUGUCCAGUGUGUCGGCAGACGUCCAUCCUUCCAGAGAAAGGAGUGUGUGCUCUACAGAACAAUUUCUUCAUCACUAAUCUCAUGGAGGUUCUCCAGCGUGAGCCUGAGUGCUCACGACCAGAGGCUUGCAGUGUGUUGGAGUCAGUCAGUGCUGCAGUAGCAGGGAAGCCCCUCUGCUGCCCUAACCAUGACGGAAAGGUGAUGGAGUUUUACUGCGAGUCAUGUGAGACAGCCAUGUGUUUGGACUGCACAGAGGGGGAACACCGGGAGCAUGUGACUGUUCCUCUGCGGGACGUCGUAGAACAGCACAAGGCUGUGCUGAAGACGCAGCUGGAUGCCAUACACAGCAGGCUCCCUCAGCUAACAGUAGCCAUUGAGCUGGUGAGUGAGAUCUCUCGACAGUUAAAUGAAAGAAAGUGUGAAGCAGUGGCAGAGAUUACCAGUACAUUUGAGGAGCUGGAACGAGUGCUGCAUCAGCGCAAAACAGCCCUCAUAACAGACCUGGAGAACAUUUGCACCGCUAAGCAGAAGGUCCUACAGGCCCAGCUUUCAGCUCUCCUCCAGGGGAAGGAACACAUCCAGAGCAGUUGCAGCUUUACAGAACAGGCUCUCAGCCAUGGGAGUGCAACUGAGGUGCUGCUAGUUCAGAAGCAGAUGAGUGAGCGGGUUACAGCUCUGGCCAGACACGACUUCCCAGAGAAACCACACCAGAAUGCACACCUGGAUUGUCAGGUGGAGACUGAAGGUCUGCGGCGCUCCAUCCAGAACCUGGGAGUUCUUCUCACCACAGCAGCCGUAGCUCACACCUCCGUCGCCACAGGCGAAGGCCUCCGACAUGCAGCAACUGGGCAGCACCAAACCAUUACUGUGACAACGAAAGACAAAGAUGGGGAGCUGGUGCGGACAGGAAAUGCUGUUUUAAAAGCAGAGAUAAUGUCUGCUGAUGGCAGCCGGGCUGCAGAGACAGAGAUAACGGACAAUAAGAAUGGAACAUAUGAGGUGGGCUACACAUUACGCUCUGAGGGAGAGUACUCCUUCAUGUUGUUACUGUAUGGACAGCCGAUACGUGGCAGCCCGUUCCGCCUGCGGGCAGUUAAGCCGUCAGAUGUGCCGCAAUCUCCAGAUGAUGUGAAGAGGAGGGUCAAAUCACCAAGUGGGACAGGGGGGCACAUACGUCAGAAAGCAGUGCGACGGCCUUCAAGCAUGUACAGCACCACCAAGAAAAAGGAGAACCCCAUUGAGGAUGAACUCAUCUACAGAGUAGGUUCCCGGGGAAGAGAAAAAGGUGAAUUCACAAAUCUGCAAGGAAUCUCAGCCUCCAGCAAUGGCAGGGUGGUGGUGGCUGACAGCAACAACCAGUGCAUACAGGUGUUUUCCAAUGAUGGGCAGUUCAAAAUGCGCUUUGGGGUCAGAGGUCGGUCUCCAGGACAGUUGCAGAGACCAACUGGUGUCACUGUGGACAUGAAUGGUGACAUUGUCGUGGCCGACUAUGAUAAUCGAUGGGUCAGCAUCUUUUCCUCUGAUGGCAAGUUUAAGAAUAAGAUCGGUGCUGGCCGUCUCAUGGGUCCCAAGGGUGUGGCUGUAGACAAGAAUGGACACAUCAUCACUGUGGACAACAAGGCCUGCUGUGUCUUCAUCUUUCAGUCCAAUGGGAAGCUUGUGACUAAGUUUGGAGGCAGAGGGACAUCUGAUAGACAGUUUGCAGAAAAACUUGGCCCAAACUUAAAUAAAUCUGGCUCAGUUUUCAGUCCGCACUUUGUUGCAGUGAAUAACAAGAAUGAAAUUAUUGUGACAGACUUUCACAAUCACUCUGUGAAGGUGUACAGUGCCGAUGGCGAGUUCUUGUUUAAAUUUGGCUCUCAUGGGGAAGGCAACGGCCAGUUCAACGCUCCCACUGGCGUGGCUGUGGAUACUAAUGGAAACAUCAUUGUAGCUGACUGGGGUAACAGCAGAAUACAGGUAUUUGACAGCACAGGGUCCUUCUUGUCCUACAUUAACACAUCAGCAGAUCCGCUGUACGGCCCUCAGGGCCUGGCCCUCACCUCAGAUGGACACGUGGCUGUUGCAGACUCCGGCAAUCACUGCUUCAAGGUUUACAGAUACUUGCAGUAGACUGAAGGAAGACAUCAACAACUCCUGCUUGAGUAAAUUAAUGUCACAUACUGCUUGUAGACAUACAAUGUAAUGCAAUGUGACUGUGCACUUACCACAGGCUCCAUGUCCACAAAUUAAUUCCCUGUUUAAUUACAUACUGUACAUACUUAGAGACAAAGAAAUGGAAAAAUAUAUUCCCAAAGAAAAACAGCUCACCCUACCCACCUCCCCGAACUAAAUAAUUAUAACAAAUAAAAACAAUAAAAAUUUUGCAAGUUUUUCCAAAAAUGCAGUGAACACAAACUCAAAAAUUAAUAUGAGAUUAAAAAAAAUCCUCCUGUAAUGAAAUGUUUUUCUACAAUUCUCAGUUUUGUAGCUCUGUGGUGUUAUAGUACCUGAAUAUUAAACUACUGCUGCUGACCAAAUUCCCAAAAGGAAAAAUAAAAUAGAAGUUGACCUGUUGAAAAAAAAAUCCAGCUUUAGUUCUUCAGUAUAUCAACCAGUCACCAGUAGAAAGCUGCCAGUUGGUGAUAAACGGCAAUGUUUGGGGGCAAAAUCGAUGGCAAACACCCCCAGAAAACACAGAGACAGAAUGACACAUUACAAUAUGUUUCCAUCCCUUAUAAAAACUUAAUGCUUUGGGAUUGUUGUGACAAAGCUUGGACCUUCCCCUUUGGGUACUGCUGCAUCCCAGUGUACUCCAAAAGAUCCCCAUGUUGUCACUGCCUUACAAAUGUUUAAAUCAGCAAACACGGCAAAAUAUACAGGAAUAUGUAUUUAAAUGUUUUGUUUUCUCAUCCUACAACUUCAAACUAUGACAGGGUGGAUUUUCCGUUUUCUUAUCUGUCAUGAGUUGACCUAUAUGCAAUUUUUUUUAAUUUGUUUUAAGAAGCACAACAUCAGAACCAGCUCCACUUUGAAGAUAAUUAUUCCUCUAAAAACCAAAACAAAUUAUUUAAAAUCAGACCCAACAACUUCUUGCACUUUUGUCUGUUUGUACCUACAAACCUAUAGCGGAACAUAUGCUUAUUUAGGUGUAUAUAUGGAUUUAGUGUCCAUGUUAUUUCACUAUAUAGCCUUCUUACUGAAGCAUUUAAAUAGAAUCAAGAUCAUGCCAAGUAGUAGCCAGCUGAGUGACUGAAACAUCCGUGUAACAAAGUUGUAAACACGCUAUUUGCUGUAUCUUAUUUUUUUUCAAAGUACUUUAUUUAUUUUUCAUUUUCUUUUCUAUAUGAUUUCUUUUACAAAUUAUUUUAAUUGGUGCAUUGGAACUGCUUCCUCUUUGCCAAACAUCGUUGUACAUUGUAGCUGUAGCACUGAAAGGUGUUUCCUUUGCCUCUUGCCAACUCCCAUUUGGUUCAGCGUUCUCUUUUCCCUCUGCCAAAAUGUAUUGUUGUAACUUGUUGUUGGACAUUGCACAAAAUAUAAAUAUUAUAAAAGUUUUAUUGUUUGCAAGAGUAAUAUAUACCUCUAUGUAUAGAUCAUUAAACAUAAUCAGAAAGGGUACUGUACAUUAAAAUGAUAUUAUUAUUGUAGCCAACAAGCACCUUGAUCAUGGAUUGUUUUUAUUAUUUGCUCAGAACUUUGUCUUGAAGGGUCCUUUUUCUUUUUUAACACCUGCUAAUACACAGAAACACAUUUUUAUGAAAACUCUAUAAUGAGAGAUUACCUUCCUCCAUUGAUUGGACUCCCAUGUUAUUAUUGUUUUUUUUUUUUUGUCUGUCUUUAACUGUGUGAAAUGACCUAAG